AUGGUUUAUUCACCUGUGUCAUGGUCGCCUUUCUGCUCUAACAUCAUCCACAGCUCUGAUCUAGGAGAUAAAAGCUACCACGAAAUAUUCGAGGCCAUAUUCAACUUUGUGCUAAACCAAAAAUCAGUUUACUAUGACAAGAAAAAGUCACAGUCGACGGCGAAUACUGCGGCGUCGCGACUGUCCAAAUGUGCGGCCGCAGUCAGGAUGGCAGCAAGCCGUGGCGCCACCAAGAUAGGGCGGAAGACGUUGCUUGCCGUCAUAGAUCACAUCACCCAAGUCUUGCCUGGCCCUGACGAAGAUUUUGUACGGCCGCUACUGCAAGAUUAUGUCAAAGCCCUGACAGAAAUUGUGUCUCGGCAGGCUAAUGUUGAGCUCCUGGCGAGAAAAAAGGCAGAGCCAUGGCAGGCUUGCGUCGACUUAUUUCUGGACAUUGCUGACCAUAUUCUUCCAAGCGAAGCCAACACGGCUUCGUUGCCUCACACUGCGAGACCUUCUCCUGCGCCGACUGCCUCUUCUUCUCGAUCUCUGCCAAGGUCAAACUCAGCUCUGCAAGCCCAGCGUCACACUGGACAGGGAGAAGGUGGCCCAUUAAAAGAUGCUCUUGAAGGGCUAUAUCACUUAGUCUCAGCGGCCAAUGCUCCGAUCCUUCGGGGAGCACAAGACAUUACCAACCUGGCCCUGAGAGUCUUAAAUAGCAAACAUCUCAGCCCAGGCUCCACGCAGACACUGUGUUUUUCAAUCGUCAACACAGUCUUUCGAGCCACUGAAGCAGACUGCCUAGACGACGCAAUUGCCUUGGCGAAAGACCUUUUACCUCAUAUGAGCUACUGGUGGCGCGCAGAAAAAGUCUCUCAGGAUGAAUUGAUCAAGGCUCUGAGGAAUGAGAUAUCAAGGAGCAUAUUCCUCAUGCAUCUACAUCUGGAACAUCUUGCAGUCAAUCUGUGGGAUUCAGAUGUACGUAACGAAUUGGAACACUUGAUUGAGCCUCUAUGGCAGGAGUAUGCCAAACGAAGCGAGGCAUUUCGUCUCCAACUUGCUGAUUUGACCUUCACGCCGUCACCCUCACAAGGUCACGUCAUGCAACUUGGUCUAUUUGGGCUCCGUCCUCACAAUAUCGAAGGAGAAAGCCAUUGGGCAAUAGUUCAGAAUCUUGCCUUCUUAGAGGCAAUAUUGCUACGUCCUAAAAAGGAUAUUGGGGACAAGGAUGCUGAAAAUAGAGAGCAACCUAGGAAGAAGCGACGGAUCCAACAGGAUCCAAAUCCUCUCAGAAUCAAGCUCAAAUCGAAUCAUGCCGGAGUUGUUCGAACUGCCUUGCAGUUAGUGCCAUUCAUGCUUGCAACCAAUACUUUGAGUCACAGUGAGAUCGACGAGCUUCUCGUGGAUCUUGUUGGCUUUGCUGGAGACAAAAAUGCCAUCACGGCGUCUUGGGCCCUAAUUGCUUGCGCCAGCAUUAUUACAACAGCAGAUAUCAACGGACCUGGCAUAUUGUGUGACACGUCUCUUGCAUUAAUGUCACAUUUAUUCCAUGUUCGCAAUUCGAGGCUACCUAGUGCCAGCCAUAGCACCUCAAGCCACAUCAUAAGAUGGGUUUUCUUACGAUGGAAUCCGAGUGAGCUAGCAUAUUCUUCAUUCCAAUCUGCACAUGUACGCCCUGUUGAUCUCGUCAACAUUUUGCAUCUAUGCUGCGGGGCCCAACCCAUUUCUUCAACCCGUCAAGAUGUUGCCUCUGGUGGUUCGUUGGGUGAGACAUGGAUAUCCCAGAGAGAGAUUGGAGAUUUCAACGAGUAUCUUCUCUUAUUGGGACAUGAGACUUGCGACACCAUUUCUAGCGAGUGUUGUUACUUAUCAGCUAAAGAGGCUCUCCCCCUCGUAGCAGACGCCAACAACUUUUUUGCUCUGAAAAAGCUUGUUUUAGAACUCCUCUAUCCUAAAAUCGAAGAGCUGAAAGAGUUGUGUGCUUCAUGGACGAAGAAAGCCAGUGACGGUGGAACCCAAAUUUCAUUUGAUCGCUUUCAAAGCCUUAUGUCUGCAUGCAUAAUGGGAACAUUGCUGAUGCCUCAUUUGAGCGAUCUUAACUCGACUCAGUCUUCAUCCAUAGAGGCGCUUCUAUUGGAGCUUGCCGAGAGCGGUAUUUCAGCUGCACUAUGUUCCGUUGAACCUACAGCAUUCGUCGAGUUGACUUUGAAAGAGCUAAGGGCGUGCAUACCCGAAAUCAGCACAACAAACCUGAGUCAACUGUGUGCGGAGCGUCCUGGCAUUCUCAAUCUUCUUUCCAAGAUGUCCGAAAUCAUAGAGCAGCGACAAGCAAGUCAGCGCUCAGGAGAUCAUCCUGAUAUUAUGGAUUUAGAUGACGAUUUUGGCUCGUACAACAGCCAAGUUGUGACAGCGUCCAACGCUUAUUCCACCCCAAGGCAGAAUAUACAAUUGUGCCUCAAUCCUCAAGCAUUCUACAUCGACACAAGGCUGAGGCUAACACUUCUAAAACUUAUCCACCAGGAUAAAAGCCAGCUAGGCCUAUUAACGGCUUCAUACGUCAAUGAUCUCUUGGCGCUGUCUGAUGACGAGCUCCUCUCAUGCCAGCGUCUCUUAAUAGAGAUUGUUAGAUCAGAUCUUGUUGUGGAUGGAGAAGCAGCUUUGGCCAUUGUUGAAAGACUUGGCAAGAUCGUUGGGAACCCGGAAUAUCAGUCAUGCGAAGUUGCUCAAACCACUUGCAUUGAGGUGAUUGACGGUCUGAGCAACACCUGGCUUCAAGAUAACCAGAAUCUGGCGGAUAUGGUUGGCGAUCUAUAUGAUCAUUUUGUCAAAGUCUGCUUCCCUUCCAACAUUCUUUCUCCAAAGACUCAAAUGUCACUUGCCCGCUUAUUAUUCACUCUGUUGAGGAUCAAUCCCGAAUACGGAAGAAGCCUGGGGCUUGAUUCAUGUCGAACCUCGUUGCUUCUCAUACUAAAGAAGGGUCCAAUGAAGGUCAAAUGCUUCAUUGCAGAGAGGGUUGCCGAUAUAUUUGAGCUCUAUAUUUUAAUGCUACACGACGAGGUUUUCGUGGAUGUCUUGGACAACCUCCCAACGGACCCCGAUAAUAGCGCAGGCAUCGCCUUCCGCUUACUGGUUCUAUCCAAGAUCGCUUGCAGCUGGCCUACUCUUCUCAGGAGAUGUACCUAUCAUAUUUUUGAGACUCCAGGCAAAAUAUCUCAGUCGGCCGAUUACGCAAAACGAUGUUUAGCGGAUAUAUCUAUUGUCUUAAAUCUGAAGUCUCCAACGGAACUCUUCCGGCUGUUUUCUCGCCAGCUUCUAUACACUUGGCUGGAAGUCAACACAGUAGAGAGUAUUCCAUAUUCCAUCUUUGGAUAUACCAGCCUUGGGGAUUUGCUGAAGUCUGCACAAGCUGAAGCCAUUGGUCUAGCAAUAAUGCGAGGACAGGAGAAUACAAGUGCCGACAUAGCUCGACUGGUUGGCAUAUCAGAGCCUCAGCUAAUCCAGCAGAAUUUUGCAACCGCACUGUCAUAUGGCUUACUAUAUGCAACCACAUUUGGAAGCCAAGAAAAAGCAAAGGGGGAAGAUCGCAUCAAGCAAAAGCUAGGCUCCAAGUCAUAUAUCGAGUCGGUAUAUAUUCAUUUCAUUGACAUAGUUGCCCUUUUGUUCGAUCUCAUUGAUCAAGAAGACCCUGUGGAAAAGGUCUUCUUGAAACAGACGCACCUCAAAUAUGCGGGCGAGAAUUUGGAAGCAAUCAAGGCUAUUGCGCAUUCGCCAGCUAAUCUUCCACCGAAUCAGCAGCCAAUGUUCAGAGCAAAAUCUGUGUUCAAUGAACUUAUACGUCUUUGUCAGGGCACCGAGUUCCAAUUUCACGACCUUUGGACGCCAGCAGUAGUAGUUGCUAUUGCUCGAAAGCUGUUCAACACGGUGCAUCCAGCGCUCGGAUCUCUUCACGCGUGCUCUGUCCUUCGCAAGGUGAGGAUACUAGUAUGCUUGGCCGGGCCCGUCGCUUUAGAAUCAUACUGUUUGGAGAUGCUAUUGAGUUCUAUUCGAGGCUUCAUUGUGGAUUCUGAAUGCGCAGACGAUGCGCUCGGAAUUAGUCAAUAUUUGCUUUCUCGGGGGAAAUCAUACCUGACUCAAGUACCAUCAUUUCUUGCUGGCUACGCUCUGUCGGCCUUGGCUUCUUUGAGGGUUUUCCUUGAGUCUAGCCAGUCUAGCACUACUCAAGAGAGCCAGUUCAAGGCUACCAUGAGUAAAGCACAGAAGUUUCAUGAGUGGUUCAGUCAGUAUCUAGCAGAUUAUACCUCACCAAGAUUUGAGAGCCAGUCGCAGAAUGAUUUGUUCAAAUCCAUUACUCUAUCGGCAGCUCAUAUACGGUCUUCCGGGAAUGCGGAGAAGAAUACCUCGGAGAGCAAGCUUCUCUUGGAUAUCUUAAAUGAUGAGAUAGCAGAGAGCCAGUUACUUAACGAAUCUUCACGACAACUUGCUCUUGGCCUUCUCUGUGGCGAUUUUACGAUUCCAACACAUAGCAGAAAUGAUGUUGUGGAAAGCGACCAAAAUGCCAUUGCUCAUGCUUCGGCGGUAUGGAAAAGCUGCGGAGCCCAAAAUCUCAGUGAAAAUUACCUAUCCUGGGCAGGUCGAGUCGUCGGUCGUUCGUUUCUAGCCUCUGGAACCAUUCCUGAGGAUAUUUUACGAGAAUCACAGCUUGAUCAAUAUGAAAAGAUAGCGCCAGGGCCCCAUGGUUCUGAAAUGGGACUCCUCCAUCUUCUCCAAGACCUUACGAUGGAUCCCAAUUCCGUCACAGCCGGCUUAGCUGAAGCCACUUUGCGGACUGCAAUAUCGCAAGCAGUUGUCGAAGACGAUGGACCCCUAGUCACGGCAGGCCAGCGAAGUCUGUCUGAGUCACUCUUCAUUGCAUCUCAAUGGGGAUCAUAUCGCACUCCGCCCUCAGAAACUGCGCCUACUGGACUACCAGAUGAUGAUCAGUUUUCGUGGACUGAAGAUGUUACCUCGCAGAACUGGCUACGACGAUUGAGCGCAUUCCUUUCCCAAUCAGCCUUUCCUUUCAUCCAACAAGCUACUAAGAAGUCACUAUCCGGUGCCAUGAAGGAAUGGCUAGGAUCAGCAGAGCCUACGGCGAGAGGUAAUAUCAAGCUCCUGAUUAACACGAUUCUUUAUCUUAGAACCCAAGAAUACCCCAAAGAGGCAUCCAUAGCAGACCGGCUGCAUUGGCUAGAUAUUGACUACGCUAUGGCUGCAUCAUCCGCAACCCGGUGUGGUAUGCACAAGACAGCACUCCUCUUCGCUGAAAUAGCCGCUUCUGAAACAGCCCGCGCGUCUCGAAGGUCCUCCGUAGCCAAAGAAGCAGAUAUCAACGAAACCUUGUUGGCAAUUUUCGAGAAUAUUGAUGAUCCGGAUGCGUACUACGGCUUACCUGAAGAGGCAAGCUUGUCGAAUGUCUUGUCCCGCCUAGAAUAUGAACAAGAAGGGACAAAGAAUCUAGCCUUCCGAGGCGCUCAGUAUGAUAGCCAUAUUCGCCUGCGGCAAAAUACUUCAGAGUCGGACGCCCAUGCCCUCGUGAAGGCACUAGGGACUCUUGGAUUUGCCGGGCUAUCUCAUUCUCUCAUGCAAACGCAACAAAAUCUUGGCUCAACUCCAUCUUCUAUAGAAAGCACCUUUCAUACCGCCAGAAGACUCGAAAUAUGGAACCUUCCUGUGCCAGCUACGAGCGACCAUCAUGCUGUUGUAACAUAUAAAGCAUAUCAGACUAUGCAUCAGGCUACGAACCUCUCAGCUAUCCGGGCAUCUAUAUAUGAUGGUUUUGCUCGAACGAUGAAGAACCUAGUCAGCAACAACCGCAAUGCAACAGCACUGAGAAGCCGAUUGGGAGCUUUGGCGGCGCUAUCCGAGCUUGACGAGAUUUUGAACAUUGCAGAUGUGACAGAACUGGAAGGCCUGAUGAGCAGAUUCCAGGAACGCAGUCAGUGGAUGAGAAGUGGCAUAUACGAUGAUGUCAGCCAAAUCCUGUCUUGUCGAGGAACGACCAUGAGUAUGUUUACGCAACAUGCAUCAAUUCUUGGAAAUGCCACACUUUCUGUGGCAGGCAUUCGGCAGAUGGAAAUCAAGUCAAUGCUUUUGGCGUCUGGUAUCUAUCGUUAUCACCAAGCUACACAAGAGUCACUCAACAUUUCGACGGCUCUGAGCGAUCUCAUUAAGCCCUGUGAAGACCUGGGCGUUCAUGUCGAUGUUGCUAUCAAGAUAGAAGUGGCAAACUCUUUAUGGGAUCACGGGGAAAUGACCACGUCGAUCAAAAUGCUUCAGGGCAUCGACAAUAUCACAGCGCUCAAGAAACAAGCGAUACCUGUCAGCAGAUCUGACCUUCUUUCAAAGAUUGGUCAUAGGAUGUCCGUCGCUCGUCUAGAGAAACCCCGAGAUAUACAGAAGAAGUAUUUGGAGCCAGCACUUAAGGAGCUUAAAGGCGGCGUCGAAGCAAAAGAAGCAGGUUUGGUGUUUCACCAAUUUGCCGUCUUCUGUGACGAGCAGCUCCAAGAUCCAGACAGCUUAGAGGAUCUUACGCGUUUGCAAAACUUAAAGAAGGGCAAAAAUGAUGAGGUUGAAGAGCUCAAGUCGCUUAUUUCCUCUACCAGAGACUCGCAGCUCAAAGCCAAAUACUCACAUGUCCUUUCAAAAGAGAAGCAGUGGCUUGACCUCGACGAGCAAGAGCUGCGCCGUGUCGAGAUGACUCGCAGCGAGUUUGUUCGUCUAAGUCUUGAAAACUACCUGUUAUCGCUAGCUUCUUCUGAUGAACAUAACAACGACGCCUUGCGAUUCACGGCGCUGUGGCUCGAAAGAUCAGACGAUGAAGCGACUAACAAGGCAGUAACGCGGCAUCUCUCAAAAGUCCCCACAGCCAAAUUUGCAGGCCUCAUGAGCCAGCUGACGUCGCGGCUACAGAACCAAGAUUCAGCAUUUCAGGAGCUGCUCUCAAAUUUGGUGUACAAUAUUUGCGUCGAUCACCCUUACCAUGGCAUGUAUCAUAUCUGGUCCGGCACCAAAGCGAGAGUUCAGCAAAAGGACGAAGUAGCAGUCCUUCGUGUCAGGGCCAACGAGAAAAUCGCAGCAAAGCUUGCAAACACAAAAGCCGUUGCUGAUAUCUGGGUGUCGAUUGAGAAAACAAGCAAAUGCUACCACGCCCUUGCCCUAGAGAGAGACCAAGCAAAGUACAAAUCCGGUGCAAAAGUUGCGCUGAAAGAUUCCACCGCGGCCAAAAAUCUGAUGAACUACCUUGCAAAGUUCCGUAUACCUCCACCGACCAUGCACAUCGAGGUUAAUGCCAACAAAGAUUAUUCCAGAGUUCCCUUGAUCUCAAGGCUUGAACCAACUAUGACAAUCGCCUCUGGUGUGAGUGCGCCGAAGAUUAUCACUGCGAUUGGAACCGAUGGGGCGAAAUAUAAGCAGCUGGUGAAGGGUGGCCAGGACGACCUCCGUCAAGACGCCAUCAUGGAGCAAGUCUUUGCGGCAGUCUCAUCCCUGCUCAAGCUUCAUAGAGCUACACGACAGAGGAACUUGGGCAUUCGAACGUACAAAGUGCUUCCGCUUACGGCGUCGUCUGGACUGAUUGAGUUUGUCCGCGACACAAUUCCACUGCAUGAAUUUCUGAUGCCGGCACAUGAGCGGUACCACCCUCGCGAUCUUAAGGGCUCGCAAUGCCGAAAAGAGAUAUUCAAUGUCCAGAACAGAACGGUGGAACAGCGUAUCAGCACAUACAGAAAGGUCACGGAAAGAUUUCAGCCCGUCAUGCGCUACUUCUUCAUGGAGUACUUUGUAGACCCUGAUGAGUGGUUCGUAAAGCGACUAGCAUACACGCGGAGCACGGCGGCUAUAUCAAUGCUCGGACAUGUGCUCGGCCUGGGCGACCGCCACGGUCACAACAUUCUACUAGAUACCAAGACUGGAGAGGUUGUCCAUAUUGAUCUCGGUAUCGCAUUUGAGACUGGCAGAAUUCUGCCCGUACCGGAGCUUGUACCCUUUCGCCUUACCAGAGAUAUUGUAGAUGGCAUGGGGAUUACAAAGACAGAAGGCGUGUUCCGUCGCUGUUGUGAGGUCACUCUUGACGCGCUACGAGAAGAGCAGUAUUCAAUCAUGACAAUCUUGGAUGUGUUACGAUACGAUCCUCUAUAUAGCUGGUCUGUUUCUCCGGUGCGGCUGGCUAAACUACAAAAGGCUCGACAGGAUGACGACGGAGCCAUUGACGACGCAGACCAGGCGGCCGUGGACACGAAGAAGGCAAAGAAGACUGGGAGUCAUAUGAAUGAACCAUCAGAAGGCGACCGAGCCUUGGAGGUUGUGAGGAAGAAGCUUUCGAAGACGCUGAGUGUGACGGCCACGGUCAAUGAUCUUAUCAACCAGGCAACUGAUGAGCGAAAUCUUGCGGUGUUGUAUUCUGGUACGUAA